AUGGAAGUUACGGCGGCAGCUCAGUCGUCGAGACGCAGGAGAAAGUUCAUUCUCUGCUUCGACGGCACGGGCAACAAGUUCUCCGGAACCGACGCUGAUUCCAAUAUCCUCAAGAUAUAUAGGCUUUUGGAUCGCAACGAAGAUGAUCAGUUUCACUACUAUCAGCCAGGCAUCGGUACCUACGUCGUCACGUCUUCUAAGAAGGACGUUUCGAGUUCUAGCACAUUCGACAGGCUCAAAAGCUGGUAUAUAAAAGCCAAGGACAGCGCCAUCGGCACUUCAUUCGCGGAGCAUGUCAUGGGCGGCUACAAGGUGAGCACUGUAAUGACAACAGGCACAGCAAACGCACUGUACUGGCCAGAGGCGAUGACUACAACAGAGCCUUUUCUGAUGCGAUACUACAAUCCCGGAGACGACGUUUACUUUUUUGGCUUCUCAAGAGGCGCCUAUACCGCACGCUUCCUCGCCGAGAUGCUUGAUCACGUUGGGCUCUUAUCCGCUGGAAACGAGGAAAUGUAUGCUCUCCAUAAUCUCCAGACCCCCGAUUCUGAUGACGAGGGGGAGCAGGAUAUAAAGGAGGUCUGGUUUGCGGGGUGCCACGCGAUGCUGUACAGUGAGCCUGCGACGCUUCACGAUUACCACACCAGGUUCCUUCAGCAUCUGCACUCUGCCGCAACCUGUGGGAAGAUCCACGAUGUCCUCCAGUUUAGGAACGGAGCGACACGACUGGGGACCAUGUCGUGGAACGUCAUGGAAUAUCUCCCUUUCCGUCGUAUGGACUUACAGGAAGAUGGAAGUUGGAAAGCAAUCACAUGGCCUCUUCCGAAAGGCGAAGUUCGAGAUAUUCCGGACAAUGCAUUGAUUCAUAGUAGUGUCAUCAAACGCAUGGAAGCGGACAGCACGUAUCGACCAGGUAACCUGAUUGUCGGAGGCGGAGGCAGAGGAGUGCGCAGGGCGCCACCUGAUAUGGGCACGGGGAGAUGGGUUGCCGUUCGGGAGGAAGGGCAUGCUGUUGGCGAGUUGUUCGUUCGAAAAGAGAAGCCAGUUCGGAAGAAAAGCGAGGAUCACGCAAGGUCAUUGGCUGUGGCGCCGAAUGGGCCUCAAGGUACGUACUACCUGGCUACGGAUCUGACACACCUAAACUUACUUCGCACCUCCGUCGUUAGGUAUGUUUUUGACAGGGCGGUAGAUGAAGACUCAACAAGCAACUUCGUUUCGCAGGGCUAA